GCAUCUGAAAUGUGAGUAACAUUUAGUAAAAAUCGUUAGGGGCUUAGUAAGAGUUGGUUUCUCGACAAAAAGUGAAGACACUGUCUAGUUCAUGUAAAAUUUCAUACGACUGAUGGAUUUUGAUGCAAUCAUAGUAUAUUUUCUUGUCUUAUCAAUCAUCAUACCUACUGCAACCACUUCUGUGGGAGAUCGGGCAUAUGUGUUUCACAAAUGUAAUCAUAGAUGUUCCAAAGAAAUUUGUGAAUCUUCUUUGUCACAAGUACCAGAGUAUUGGGAUGAACACUUCAACUCUUCACAGUCUGUAAUUUUUGAGCAUACAAUUCUUUGGGACUGUAAUUCUGAGUGUAAAUAUCGUUGUAUGUGGAAUACUGUUUCUGCAUUUAAAAGAGAUGGCUUACCUGUUCCACAGUUCAAUGGAAAGUGGCCAUUUAUACGUUUCUGGGGUAUACAAGAACCAGCGUCUGCUAUAUUUUCUUUAUUGAACCUUUUGUUCGUUUGCUUUAUGUUUAAUCGAUUUUACAAGCAUGUUCCAUACAAUGCUCCUAUGUAUAAAGCAUGGGUUCUACAAACUCUGUUUUCUGUGAAUGCAUGGGUUUGGUCGACAGUGUUUCACACUAGGGAUACAUCAUUUACUGAGAAAAUGGAUUACUUUAGUGCAUUAGCAUUUGUGGUUGCCUCAGUUGUGAUUGUGCAACAGAGAAUUUUUAAUCCUAGUCGAGUUGUAACGAUCCUGUUUUCUGCUGUUCUAGUUGCACUUUUUGCAAACCACGUAAAUUAUAUGUCCUUUGUCAGCUUUGACUAUGGAUACAACAUGACAGUCAACGUUUUAUUUGGUUUGAUCAAUUGUUUCGGUUGGUUAUUCUUCUCCAUUUACCUAUGUGAUUAUAAAAAGCAACCAUACAUUGUUUACUGUUGGUUAUCAGUUACAUCGCUUUCAUUGUUCAUGUUGUUGGAAUUGUUGGAUUUUGUACCGAUUGGUUGGAUAUUAGAUUCACAUGCUUUAUGGCAUGCUUCAUCUAUACUUGUAAUUAUUCCAUGGUACAAGUUUAUUAUCGCUGAUUCACUUUAUCAGUUGAAACAAAAUCAUCAAGGAAGUAAGGUGAAAAACAAACUGACUGAUUAAUUAAAUAACAGUAAACUAAUGCUAGUUUUUAAUUAUAGUCUGUAAAUUUGUGCAUGUAUAUAUAUUGAAUAUAAUUUUUGGGAGUAGAUUUUCUUAUUUUGAUUAACUUCAACAUUUUAAAUCAAGUUUAUUAUUUCACUUUAUCUACAUAAACUGUGAAAACCAGUUGAUAUAGUCCCUGGAGCUUUUCCUGAGUUAAGAUCCAGUUUUACAGUUGAAUAUGUUCACCUGCUAUUCUUGUUAACCCUUACAAUUUUUCUGGUGAUUAUUAUUAUUAUAUGCAGUCAUGCUGUACACUUUUUAUGAUACUCAAUUCUAUGUAAGUAUUUAAUACGAAUAUCGUGGUUAUGAUAAGUUAGCUUUAUGUGUAAUUUAACCUAUCUCAUGUGUUUGUUUUUUUUUACCUUCGGAUUUGUGUAAGCCAGAUAUCACUGAUUACACCAAUUUCAAACGC